UGCUGCUAUCCGUCUGUGAGCCUGCAGUCGGCAGGGCAGAGUUGUCGGACAGGGGCUCCCUUCACCCACCCAUUUCCUCCGGUGCAGUAUAUAAUAUUAACGUUACAGACCUUCCAUACGUCAGCUAUUCGAACGAUUCGUGCAAAAACAAGUAUUUAACGGCAAAACUUUGUAUGUCGUAUGCUUUUGUGGUCCGUUACCCGAAUUAGCUAGUUUGUUAGCAAGAUAAAAUUGACACAUACUAAACGUAAAUCUCAGGUAGUUUUGUUUAAUUCCCCCAAGAAGCCGCCGAUUAUUUGCAUACGGAUCACGAGAAAAAUCUAAAGGAAGAAUAUGGCCCCAAGAAAGAAAGGCGAUAAGAAAAGGAAUACAGAGGAGGUUAUGGAAACAAAGGAGCAACAUUCUGGUGCUGAACCAUCAGAUAGCAGCAGUAGAGAAGAAAAAAUGGCACGGAAAAGGAAGAUAAAGCCAAAGAAAAAAUACAUAGGUGCUCACGUCUCAAUAUCAGGAGGAAUAUGGAAAGCAGUCGAAUCAAGUGUGGCCAUGGGAGGUCAUGCUUUUGCCCUUUUCUUGGGCUCCCAGCGCUCCUGGACGAGACCAGCCCUUGAUACAGCAGCUGCAGUUAAAUUUCAAGAAGCCUGUGCUCAACAUGGCUUUGAUUCGAUACACAUCCUUCCACAUGGAUCUUAUCUGAUGAACUGCGGUUCCCCCAAAGAAGACGUGUUCAGUAAGAGCCAGACCAUGCUUGUGGAUGAACUGAGUCGCUGCAGUGCACUGGGCCUCAGCCAGUUUAACUUUCACCCUGGAGCUUCUAUAGACUCCACCCCAGAGAAAUGCAUGGAGAAAAUUGCCCAAGCUAUUAACCACGCACACCAGCAAACCCCUGCUGUCAUUACAGUACUUGAAAACAUGAGUGGUCAGGGCAGCACUAUAGGUGGGCAGUUCAGUGAACUGAGAAGUAUAAUAGACCGGGUACGUGACAAGACACGUGUUGGGGUGUGUCUGGACACUUGCCAUGCUUUUGCAGCAGGCUACGACAUAUCACCACCUGGAGGGGUGAAGAAUAUACUUGAUGAAUUUGAUCGUGUGGUCGGUUUGCAUUAUUUGAGAGCCAUUCACUUAAAUGACUCCAAAGGAAAAUUAGGCUGCCAUCUGGACCGCCAUGAAGACAUUGGAUGUGGCCAAAUAGGCAUCACUGCUUUCCGAGAAAUUGUUAAUGAGCCUCGACUGGAUAAUAUCCCUCUGAUUCUAGAAACACCUGGUCGACCAGGUUUUGAGUAUGCUGAACAGAUAGAGCUCCUUUACUCCCUUUGUGAAAAAAAGAAGAAGAAUUAAACAUCGGCUUGGUGCCGGCUUCCACAGUGGAGUUAUUAUUGGUGAAGCAUAAUAAAUGUUAAACAUUU